GAAAAAGUUCAAGAAAUGUUGCAAGCUAUGUGGGGGGUUUUCAUCUGAAUUCUCGCGACCAUUGGUGACAACUAGAGAUGGUUCUUAUGGAUUUGAUUGGAAUGCAACAUUGAUGGCUUCGGGAAAGAGAUUGGAAGCUAUGACACCUUCUCAAAGGAUCAAGUUUGUGGUGUUGGGAAUUUAUGGCAUGGUGAUCUUCCCUAUCUAUGUCAAGACCAUUGCACCUAUGGUGAUAGCUUUUUUUGAGCAAUUGUUGCACACUUCGGCAUUUAAUCCCGCUUCUACAGUGGUAGCCGAAACUUUGUGGUCUAUGAAAGAAAUCCGAGCUAAAGGAUCUGGUCGCUUCUUGGGUUGCAUUGAGUUGUUCACUACAUGGGCACAAGGUCACUUGAAGGGUCCCCAAUUUGAAGCUUUAUUCAGCAUUCCUGUGAAGGAUAGAAAGACAGAGGAUUGGCAUCGAUCACUUCUAGCAACAACUGUUAAUGAUGUCAGAUUUGUUCUCCCAACUUGGAGUGCUACUCAUUAUCUUGCUCCAUUCGAAGGACAUCACUCUAUUCCUUUGUUGGGUAUUCAUGGAGGAGUUCUAUAUUCUAUGGAGUUGGCAUCCCGUCAGUUUGGAAAGGCACAAAACGCUCCCUAUCUUGAUGAUGCAUUGCAGUCACACUUUGAUUACAUGUCUUCCUCGGUGAUUGUUAACAAGGUAUUCGAGGCACAUAAGAUGUGGGAGAGAUGUAGGAUGCUGCCCAUAUGGAAGGAUAAGGGGACUAGAUCACAAUAUGAGCAAUGGAGGUCGAGUUGGAUAGCUAAGCUCUCUUUGCCAUGGAAGGUGACAAAUACGAAAAACUCUACCAUCAUGGAUUUAACCGCUAAGUUGGAGCUUAGCCAUGCCCAGAGAUGUCAGUUGUUAGAGAAGUAUGAUGAAUUAGCUCUUGAUUAUGAGUUGCUUAAAAGGGGAAAAGAGUUGUCAGAUCGGCAAGUGGUGGAGUUGAAGGACAAGAUUGCCUCAUUGGAAAAGGAUUUGGCUGCUAGUAAGGAAAUUUGUGGGAAGCAAAAGAGGAGCUUGAAUUUUGCUGAAGAACAAAGGAAAAGGUUGCUACGAGUAAAGGCGAAUCUUAAAGCAAGAGAAAAGGAGAACAAGGAGCUUAUUGAGAAGGUGACCAGAAAUAUGGCUUCUCACACAUCCAAGGCACAAGCUUCUUCACCCAAGACUUUGUUAGAGUUCGUUGCUCGUACUCAAAGGCUCAAUGAAGAAACCAUCUCCUAUUUGCAUGAGUUAACAAAGGACAAUGAAGACCUUUGCAAAGCCAAUAAGCAUUUGGAAGAGCAACUACAAGACAUGACUAUCAACCGUAAUCUUUACAAGAUUGCCAUGGAGGACAUGUGCUAUCAACUCCAAGUCAAGAAGCAAAAGAACCAAGCCCUUCUUGAAGAGGACAUUGGCCUGUGUGAAAUUAUCAUUGACAUAGCCACCUUGGUGUCCCAAUUCGAGGGAAGAAUGGCAGAGACUCAUCACCACAUCGCUCAAAGGACCCAUCUGAUUGAGAGGGGAUUCUUCCAACUAGUCUUCGACUUUAUCUUUGACAUGUCCAAUAUGCUCAGAAGGCUGUAUUAGGAUUCAUGUUUUGUAAUGAGUAUGUUUUAGGUUUAAAAGAAUGAAGGCUUGUAAGCACUUUGAAUGCAACUUUGUAAUGCUUGCCCAUCUUGUCUAAAGUGCAUUCCUUAGUUAGUUUUGUCCUAGCUUUCAAAGAAUGAAGGUUUGUAAGCACUUUGAAUGCAACUUUGUAAUGCUCGCUAAUCUUGUUUCAAGUGCGGUAAUUUAGUAAUGAAAAGCCAUGUUUCAG